GAAAACGAAAGUAGGCAAAGCGGACUUUAAGAUACCUAUAAGUUAUAAAGGUUGAAUACUUCACACGAUGGACAUUUUAUGAAAGAAAUUUUCAAUAACUGAGUAAACAUUUUAUAGGAACUAAUCGUAAAUUGCACGAUAUAAUGAAAAAGAAGUUUAAAAAAUGGCAGAACGAGGCAAAGACCUGUCAAAACUUGAUUGUAGUAUAUGUUUAAGUGCGUUCAAUGAUCCAAAGAUACUGCCAUGCUUCCAUACUUUCUGUCUCCAGUGUUUAGACGAAUACGUGAUCAGAAAUGGACAGGCUGGAAAAUUCGAGUGCCCUUUAUGUCGUGUUGAUACCGAAAUUCCAGUGGGUGGGGUAAAGUCAUUUCAGUCGAAUUUCUACAUCCAGGGAAGCAAUACUUCAGAGCACAACACAGACUGCGACGUUUGCGGAGAAGGAUACGUAGCGACCCAUUAUUGUACGGACUGCGAAGAAAAUUUCUGCGAACGCUGCACCAUCUACCACAUGAAAAUGAAAGUGACACGUGAACAUACACUUAUACAGUUGAAGGAAUUGUCUGAUGUCGACACGGAAGGACAUUACACCCGUAAGAUACAAAAGAAAUACUUUUGUCCCCAACACAAGGCAGAAGAAAUAAAAAUGGUAUGUAAAGAUUGUAACACUAAGCUGUGUGUUGUUUGUAAACUGACAGAGCAUGAAAAUCACAACACUUCCAGUAUCACCAAAGAAGCAGAGGAGAGACGAACCUCAUUGUUAAAGACAAUUGCCAGCGCUGACAGUCAGCUUGGUGUACUAAAAUCAAGAAUAUCUAUUUCAAACAAUUCAAAAAAUUACAUGGAAAAGGAACUGGAGAGGAACAUUACUUCACUUGAGAAACGAGUUGAAUCUGUUAUCGCAAAAGUAAAACAGGAUGCCGCUAGCAUCAAACAGGAGUUGAUCAAAAGUAAUACCAAGGCGAAAGACUAUUAUUUGGAGAAGGAAAAACAGAUACGUGGCAAAAUAAUGGAAAAUGAAGCUGUUAUCAGCCACGCACAGAAUGUCGUCGAAUUAGGGGAUGAUUGUCAGAUGUUGGACGCCGAACUGGUCUCAAAAUUGCAAUCAUUAACAGUAACAGAAGAAUGCUCAAUCAAACUUCAUGAACACUUAAUAUUUGAGAUAAGCAGUUCUGAAAUAACAGACGACAUACUUGGGAAAGUAUCCGAAGUCAGUUCUAACGUGUCCGUUAAAGAGCUUGAUGAGUUGCAGUGUUCCCCCAACACUAAAGAAGCAAAUACCUUAUCAAUGAGCGCAGGGAGAUUGUAUGCUGCAUUUAGAGAUUUCUAUAAGUUUCUAUAUCAUGAUUCAGAAACUUCGAAGUCUUACUUCACAGAGUGGUUUUAUGAUCGAGGUGCCUGUGCAGGUUUGACUUGCAUUGGUAAUGACUUGUAUUUCACAAGUUUAGUAGACAAGACUGUUUAUAAAUAUCAAACACCAGAACAUGUGAAGGUGAAGUUUAAAUCGUUUGAAGUCUACCCCCAUGGUAUAGCACACAGACUCGUCAGAAACGGCGAUAAGGAACAGGAACUUCUUAUCUGUUGUCUACAAAGCGGUAAACUACUGGAUACAGAUGCUAGUGAAGGUUGUGUUAUUGCUGUCUCCGUUACCAAUAAGAAACAAUACACAUGGCGCUAUAAAGAGAUACCAGGGCCAACAUGCAUAGCAACAAACACAUUUGAUGGAACCGUUUGUCUUGGAUAUCCAGCUGCUCAUAAAGUGACAUGGAAUGCAUCAGAUGGAACUGUACUGUCAGUGUUCUCUGGCUUAGGUUGUCAUGGCAACCCAGAGACAUUUUGCCCAGUGAGUGUUUGCUUUGACAGUCAGUACUGCAUUAUCAUAGCAGAUUACAAGAAUGGUGCAGUGAUAAGGAUUGACGAGUUUGGCAAUUUUCUUCAGUGUUUGGUGGAAAGGAAAACUCCCCUCUCUGUUUUGUUAAGAGAUGAUAACAUACUAUAUGUAGGGUUCAAUAGAAAAGACAUUACCAGGUAUCAACUGAAACUUGACAAAUAGGAAAUGUUCAGUUAUCGCAGAAAAGUCUGACUUCAACCAGUUAACAUGUUAUUACCUACCUGUGACAUGAAAUUCUGAAUGAAUUAACAUGACCUACCAGGAGAUAUAUAGAUCAUUAUGUUCGUGUUUUUCAUCAUGUGACAGAUGUAUUCAUUAAUGUAAGAAAGGAGAAUGUUAUCACAUAAUAUCAUGCAUAAUGUCAAGGCACAGCUGGCACAUAAACUUUCCUUCGGAUUUUUUACCUGUCGCAUUAUUUUUGGCUUCAUUGGUCAUUUCUUUGGUAUAAUGCGCGUAGGCCUACACUUGCACAUGCUAUAUAAGAAAAAAUCACAUCUACAUUGUAUUAUUACCAUUUGCCUACAUAAUAUGUUCCAACAUGACUUUCAAACUCAGCUAUUCCUCAACAAGUAAACAUUAAGUAGAUGACGAUAAAAUAUAUGUAAUACUUCACAUUUUUGUUAGACUGGAACAAUAUUCACCACAAGAUUUAUCAGGUAUUAUUUUCUCAUCAACACGUUAUAUGUCAAGAUUUUAUUCCUUGUAAAGGUAGAUACAAAUUUUAAAAUCAUCUAUAAUCUCUUUGAUCUUCUUAAUACAUCUUUAAAUGUUUAUCAUUAGCCAUUCUUAUCAUCUAUCUGAGAAUUAUGAUAAUAGUAUUGAUAUUUUAAAUCAAACAAAUCACAUUCCGAUUUAAAGUACUUACAAAUGUCAUACAUCUUUUGAACGAGACUAAUUAAACUAUAAACCAAAACAUCUUAGUAUUUCAAAAUCUGACAGUUUUGUAACCUCUGUACCCUAUAGUAAAUGAUGGAGGAAAGUAAUCAACAGUAGUUAGAUUUCGGGGGUUCAACUGGGAAUACGGUAUUCCAGCCCUCCCACGUGAUCACGUGGUACGUGGGUAAGGGAAUACGGUACAACACGUGCACACCGUAUUCUAGCCCUUCGACGUGUGUAAGAAAAUAUGUCACACGUGUCAUAUGGUAAGAGAAUACGGGGAGGGAAUACGUUUUUUUUUUGUUGUUUUUUUUUUGCUCUCCAUUGCAUAAAAGGGAAAUCCCUAGAGUCAAAAAUAUGAUUCAAAAAUCACACGGUUAUUAUACAUCAUAGUGCGUGGGAAAUUAUUUAAGGUCGUUUGAAACCCGAUAUCCAUCCGCUUUUUGUCAACGAGGUUAACAUUAAUAAUUGUGAAAUUUACUAUGGAAUAGUCAGUCGGUCAGUCAGUCAGUCAAAAUUAAGCACGACAUGACAGCAUAAUACAAACUUAAAAACUGUUGAAACUGAAAUGGAAUCAAUAUUGAAAAUGAUAAUAGCAAAUAAGAAAAUACAGAAAUCAACAACACACUAUUAAUCCACAAUUUUAGUUAUAACGCAGUAAAAUACCCAUUUAAGGUGUUUAACGAGGUAUAAUAAAAAAAAUUCAAAUAUGCUCUCGCCUUUCAAAGUUGAUGACACGGUAACCGUACCCUUUCAACCAUUUAAAAAACUGGGACGCUUCUCAUUGAUAAAAAAUCAUGUUAACAGUAUCUGUGUCUCAUGAUCCAUUAACAAACUAAGGUAUGAUAAAAAAAAAUGUUUUACUUUUUACCCACGCAUACUUCUGUACUGAGAUUUUUUAAAGACCAACUUUUACAGCGAUAUUAUUUCGGUCUAUGAAAAGCAGGUGCGUUUUCUCUAAGAAUGCCAGUGUGCGGGAGUUCAAAAAAAGAAACGCCGUUUCAUUUCUUUACUUUUUUUAAACUUUGUAAUUUUGUAAUGCGGUAUACCGAAAGGAUCAAAUAUUAAAAGUUUCACACAUAAACUGACACCUUUUCAAAAGUGAUAUGUUUCCUGUCAAUAAUUAUACCAGCUGUCUGACUUAUUUUUGACUAUAAUUUAAAAUGUAUGUAUGUAGCGAGAUACUUUAUAUGUAUAAGUUACUAAAAUAGAAUUAUGUUAUGUUC